CAUGCAUAAAUCAACCUGCGCGUCCAGACUAUACGCCGAUCGCGUAUCGUCGCGAAAAGAUAUCAGAUUGUAAUGCUUUUUAUAUAUACCCAAGGUUAGGUACCUAUAUUAUGAUCGGUUGAUUGACUUGUAAGUGAGCCUACACUGGAGUCUUUGAGAUUGUCAAAAAAUGGCCGCAGUCGCUACUAGGGCCCAAGCCGAAGGGAAGUCGGAUAUACCAACCUAUCACCAGGUUCCGGAGACAAAAUACGAGCUUGACUGGGCCGAUCUUGUAACAUUGGAUCUCUCCCAAUUCGACGAGCCGGGAGGAAAGCAGAAACUUGCGACGCAGUUAUUCGAUGCGAUUCAAAAGAUCGGCUUCUUCUACAUCGUCAACUUCGGCUUGACGCAAGAACAAGUUGAUAGGCAGUUUGCUAUCGGCAAGGAGGUAUUCCAGCUACCGACUGAGGAGAAGCUGAAAUAUCGAGCGGACCUGGAGAAUGGUGGGUAUAACGGCUACAAGCCGCUCGGGCUUCGUCAAGUGAAGCCUGGGGUAUACGACAACACAGAGAUCUACAAUAUACCCAAGUUUAUACGCGCAUUCGAGCAGCCGCACCCGGAAGUUAUCAACGAGAACCGGGCGGAGAUAGAGGCCUUCGCUCGGCAUAUCCACGACAACAUCGUAGGCAAGCUCCUAGUCCUCUUUGCUAUCAUCUUGGAGCUUCCGAAGGAUUACUUCCUGCAGAGGCACCGCUACGACGAGAAGAGUGACUGCCACUUGCGGUACAUGAAGUACCACCGCCGGACGGAGGAGCAGAACAAGAUCCUAGACAACGUGUGGGUGAAAGGUCACACAGACUUCGGAAGUCUGACUCUGCUCUUCCGGCAGCCCGUAAGCGCUUUGCAGGUCCGCACGCCGGAGGGAGAGUGGAAGUGGGUCAAGCCGUACCCGCAGAGCAUCACGGUGAAUCUCGCCGACUCGCUGGAAUUCCUGACAAACGGGUUCCUGAAGAGCAGCAUUCACCGUGUCGUUGCUCCGCCGCCGGACCAGGCCAAUAUGGACCGUCUUGGCGUCCUGUAUUUUGUGAGGCCGGAGGAUAACCUGGAGUUGCGCCCUGUAGUAAGCAAUGUGUUGGAGCGUCUAGGGUAUGAUAAGACCACGAAUGGUAGCGCAGUUGGUAUUACUGCUGGAGAGUGGGUGAAGGCGCGUGUCGCGGGGGGAGUUGCGAGAGAUAAGGUGCGGAGUGAUGUCUCCGAGCUGGAGGUUAUUCGUGGUAAAACAGCUAAAUACUACGACUAAAUGUACUCCUAGCAAGUAUAAAUGCUUUAGAAAUGAGUCCAGCUUUCACAUUAUGGCGAUGAACAUUCAAAUGUUUCCGCCCUUGAUAACCUGGUAUGUGUGCGGCCUACUUUACGCGUCGUCGUU